GGCCCCGCCGCCUGUCAGUCCCGCCAUGGCGCUCGGCGGGGACGGUCGCGGCAGCGCUGCGCGGGCCUCCUGGCCGCGGCUGCUGCUGGCGGCGGCGGCGGCGGCGCUGGCGCUGGCGGGGCCGGCGCUGCCCGAGGUGCUGUUCCGCUGCCCGCCCUGCACGGCGGAGCGCCUGGCCGCCUGCCCCCCGGCCGCCCGCCCGCCCUGCCCCGAGCUGGUGCGGGAACCGGGCUGCGGCUGCUGUCCGGUGUGCGCCCGCCUGGAGGCCGAGGCGUGCGGCGUCUACACGCCGCGCUGCGCCUCCGGUUUGCGCUGCUACCCCGAUCCCGGCGCCGAGCUGCCCCUCCAAGCCCUGGUGCAGGGGCAGGGCACCUGCGCCCGCCGCCGCGACACGGCCGAGUACGGCGCCAGCGCCGAGCGCCCCGCAGAUAAUGGUGAUGACCGGUCUGAGAGCAUCCUUGCUGAGAACCAUGUAGAUGGCACCACAGGGAUCCUGAGUGGAGCUGGUGGGAGGAAGCCCAUGAAGUCGGGUAUGAAGGAGCUGGCUGUGAUGAGAGAGAAGGUGAAUGAGCAGCAGCGGCAGAUGGGCAAAGUCAGCAAGGCUCAUCACAACCAUGACGACUCGAAGAAGUCACGGCUGUCGACUGGCAGGACCCCUUGUCAGCAGGAGCUGGAUCAGGUCCUGGAACGCAUCUCCACUAUGCGGCUGCCGGAUGAACGAGGUCCCCUGGAGCACCUCUACUCCCUCCACAUCCCCAAUUGUGACAAGCAUGGCUUGUACAAUCUCAAACAGUGCAAGAUGUCACUGAAUGGGCAGCGUGGUGAGUGCUGGUGUGUGGACCCUAUCCACGGGAAGGUCAUCCAGGGUGCACCCACCAUCCGUGGGGACCCCGAGUGCCACCUCUUCUACACAGCUCAUGAGCAGGAGAACCGGGGAGCACAUGCCCUGCGGAGCCAGUAGACGGAAGUGAUCCUGCUCAUCAGAGGUGGCUCACCAUGGCCCCAGUGCUGGAUUUUACGUGGGUUUCAGUGUGUCUUUUUAGGCUCUGGAAGAGACUGGGGUUGGGUCCUGUGUGCUGCCCUCUUUCCCCUGCUGCCUAGCUCCUGGGGAGGGAGCAGGGGAAGGGCGGUGGGGGGGGUUGCAAGGAGAAGGGACUGCUUUCCUAUAGUCUUUCACCCAAUGUAAGCCAGAGAAUUGGUCUUUUUUGCUCUUCACUCUGCGGCCCUGUCCUCCCUGCUGCUUUGCGGCCUCUUCCUGCACCCUCCAGCAUGGAGUGCCAUGUGCUCCUUGACACCUUCCAGGGGCAAAAUCCCUUGCCAUGGGCAAGAGGCAAGCAAAAAACAAAAUAAAAAAACCUCCCACCCUUUCCCCCCUCUUUCCCUCCCUUCCCCAAGACCAAAGACUGUAAAUACUGUGUCGCCUGCCUCUUGUGUCCUGCUAGUCCUCUGUGCCCCAGCCCGGCCAUCAGUCCUGGCAUGGGAUGUGGACUGGAAGGAAGGGAAGGAGAAAAGCCUUCAGCUUCCCAGCUGGAACAUGCCACUGUGUUUAGGAGGUAUCCCCAGAGGAAUAACAGCAAGGGAAAGGCCUAAAGAUUAGGCAGCUCCCCCCACAAAACACCCCUGGGUGCUUCCCUUCCUGGCACUGGAGCACAGCCAGCCCUGCAGGAACCUAACUCCAGCUGCUGGUCUGGGAGGACUGGGCCUUUGGGUGACAGCAAAGCUAAAUGCUUGGUUUUUCAGGGGGUUUGAAGGGCUAUUGCCCAGUAUUUCUUAGGAUCAGCUUAUGAUGAGGGAGCUAAAGUGAACUUACUGGGGCUGGGUGGAAGGAUACCUGUGUAGAUUUAGGGUACAAAGCCAGGGAGUGGCUCUCUCUCUUGCUCUCAUUCUCUCUUUUUUUCUAGAUAGGAAAAAAAACCCUUCUAUAACCUGCACUCCCAAGCAGCUGCCCUUGUCCCUCCAUUUUUGUUUGGGAUUGGAGUGAGCAUCUGCUAUUCAUCAGCACACACUUUUUUUUUUUUCUUUUUCUUUUUUUUUUUUUCCUUUUUUUUAUUUUUUAAAAAGUAAAUUACAGUAUAUAUCUUGCUUUGUAAAAGUCCUGACACACACGUGCACACAGACACAGGCACACACCCUUCUACCCACACAUACAUUAUACAAAUUAAAGCCAAGCAACUCCGUGUCUGGUUUUGUGCCAGAUGUGCCGCUCUGAGGAGAUAUUUCUCUGCUGUUAUUUUACCUGUUGAUUUCUUUCUGUACAGAAUUCACCAAUGCUGAGAAUAAAUAACUUCCCCUUCACCUAAGCAAGAUUUUAUAAUUUUCUUCCUUUUUUUUCCCUUUAUUUCCUGUUUUACUGUAGAUACCAUUAGUAGAGCAAUUGGAAAAAUCCUCUCCUUUACAGUAAGUCUCGGUCUUUCCCUAAAUGAAAUCAGGGGAGGGUGGGAAAUAAAGCAUCUCCUAAUAAUAUCUAGCAAAUGCUUCUGAGUAGCAAACAGCCUCCAGAUACCAGGUCUCCCACAGGGCUAGGUUGAAUAGGGUGGAGGAAGGGGGUUCUCUGGCAAGUGCGGGGUCUGGCUGGGAGCACCCUAUGUCUGCACAGCAUGAGGCAAGGCAACAAAUCUGCCUGACUAUGACCCAUGGGGAUGGGAUCAGCCCUGCUAACUGCCAGCACGCUGCAGAAACACCACAUCAGGGUCCCUGCUGUCAAAACCACCCCCAUCCAGGAGCUUAGACCUGGAUAAGGUAAAGCAAAAGGGCCCAAUGGACUCUGGAGGAAGGGGAACAUUGGGAAUAAUUCUAAUUUUUUUCCCCUUUCCUUCUUGGCCCUACAUUUCAGAUCUGAAGUGUGAAGGGCACAGAGGGUCUCUCCAAGUUAAGCCCCUCAUGACUUUGCAGAGAUUUAGAUGAGGCUGUGGAGAAGACAGGGGAAAGAUCCCCUUUGGAAAGUCAAGGGUGGAGAUGUGUCCGUGGGGAUGUGUAUGAGAGGGAGUGAGAGUGCAUGAGAGAGAGAGAAAACAUAGCUGCAUGCAAAGCAAGUAACUGUAAAAAUGAUGCUACCUGUUUUCUGUUAACAUCUGAGGAUGUUCUGCUUUUUCAUGUAAACCUUGCACACACUAGCUCUCAUCUGCAGUCUGUACUUUUUGGUUUGUUUAGGAAUCGGGAAGUUUUCUUUUGUGUUUUUCCUUUUUCUCUUUUGGAAAAGCUGAGCUGCAUAAAGUUGGAAUAAAUUAAAUGGGGUGCCAGAAAACUGUCAUCUUCCUCGCUCCCCACUCCUUCUGUUUAUAGUACACAUUUUCUUGCCUGAUGCAUCACACCCAAAUUUCAGCUUUUGUCCAGGGGUGGCUGUGAACAAUGUGCCCAACAAGUGCAAGCUGCAAACAGGGAGUUGGGCUUUUCAUUAUCACUGGUCCCAACUGUAUGAGCAGGGAGGAACUGAUGUCACUUAUCCAUUGGAUUGAUACGUUCCUGUUCCAGGCGUGAUACCUUGUGAGUCUGUAAAAUGCAACCAUACCAUCAAGUCCUCUAAGCAUCUGGCCAGCACAUGUAUAGAGACCAUUUCCCUGCCUGACAGCAGCUAGAUUUGGUGGAAAAGGGUGGUCAUGACCCGCUUUGCCAGGCAGAGGACAGCAGUGUGAGUGGCCUGUCUGAUGUGAUGCUUGUGGAGCAACCUGAGCUGCCAAGAGGCUGUCAGAAAGCAGUUGUUUCCUAUUAGUUGAGCAGGGGAGCAGCUUUGUGAGGGAAAGUCCCUCCCACCCAGCACAAGAACCUUGUCAGAUGCUUGGGCAAAGGCUAUAAAGAGAUGGGAGCACUGCUCUUUGCAGCUUCCCAACCUUGGUAUUUCAGGGGCUUCUUGAGUUGCAUUCAACUGUGCUGUUCCUUAGCUGGCAGGUGGACCUGUUCUCCGUGAAUCAUGCAGGCUCCUUUAAGCAUCUCACGAUGUUUUUAAUCUCCUUUGUAGCCCAUGCAAAGAGUUCCUUCGCUGAGGAAGGCACUGCAGGAAGAAAUGCUCAAUGGGGGACCCUCUAAAGGCUCUCCCCUUUUUCUCAGUCAAGGAGAGCAAAAUUUGAGCCAGCUAAAAAGCUGGCCUUUAUUUUUUGUGUUAAGUAUUUGCCCAGAACUGCUGAGAAGGUUCAGGGAAGCCUUGGCUGCAUGUGGGAUUUGGGCUUGGCUGAGGCUGCUCCAUUCAUGGGGCCAGGAUGACAGGUCUCUUGAAGGUCUUCGACCUUUUCCCAGGGCAAGAGAUGCUGCCUAAGGGAGCAUGAUAGCAUAGCUCAAUGCUUGGGGUGCCACAGGGAUGCAAACAACAACAGUAAUUAAAAAAAACAAACGAGGCAUUAAAUUAAAAUUGCAGCAUUGAAGGAGAGGCCACGUGUGGCCCCAACAGCCAGCAGCCAGGUGGCUGUGGUUUCCCUUUGGCCUUUCCAAAGGCUGCCAAAACCAGGCUACUUCCCAUCUGUUUUUUCCUACACCAUGCCAGUACAUUGAGUAGUACAAAUGCUUGCUAAGGGGCUGGGCAAUGGUGGGCAGCACCAGGAAAAUGUACGGAGACAGGAGGCAGCAAUCAUAUAAAUCUGGAGGGGUGUAAGGGAGGACAGGCAGGAUGGGGGUGGGAUUGGAGCUGGAAAACAUUGGAAAAGCAACAAAGUUAACAUUAAGUACCAUCCUGUUUUGUGUCUGUUGGGGCAGCUGAAGGUGGCUCAGGGGAUGCUGUGGGGGGGUAGGUGCCAAGUAGCAUCAUGAAGCCUCAGAGUGCUCCAAGCCAGGUCCUGCCCAGGGAGGGCUGGGAGGUAUCAGGGGUGCCAGAACCCAGAGCCUGGCCAUAGCCGGGCCACCUUCUGGUUCAAGGGCUGGAGGGAAAUGGUAGCCUUCAGCCUGCAGCUGGCCUUGCAUAGGUGCAGAGGGACAGUAGUAAGCCCAGGUGAGCAAUGAGCUUCUGGUUAUGUUUGCCCGAGAUUGUAACAUGGCCUUGAAGGCCGCAUGCGUGUGCAUGUGUGCAUGGGUUUGAUGGAUGUCACUGGUUGGGUGCUUUCCCUGGUUUCACGUGGGCCGGCUCUGUGCCUCUUGGGCUCUGGGUAAUUGUGUGGGACCUGGCCAGCUGCAUACAGUGUAGCAGCCGAAACCCCAGCAGCUCUGGUGUAUGCACAUAAAACAAUUCACACUGGCAAUCAACAAGUUUAGCAUAGCAUAAAAAUUUUGCAGUAGUAUAAACAAUAAGAUUUAACAUAAUAUAAUGUAUGACUAUCCAUGUAAAGCUAUACCUAGCUAUUACAUGCAUACAGCUACAGCCUGUGGGUGGGUGUACAAUUUACUAGUGUGUGUGUGGGGGGGGGAAGCCCUAACUUGUUGUGUGGGAACCCAUUUUCAGUGUCCGUGUGGCUGAAAGCAGCAACGGUGCCUCCCUGCCCAGCUUGCACAGGGCCCGCACCUCCGCAUCCCCCGCAUCCCCCGCCGGCGGGCUCGGGGCGCCUCCUGGUGCCGGCUCCGGCACUGUGCGGCUCUUGUGCCGCGGGGUGCGUGUGGGCAGCGGACUCAGCUCUGCGGGGUGGCAUGAAGGAGGGGGGGCGGGGGCAUCGGGUUUCCGGACACACCCCCGCCCCACUUGAUCGGGGUGGGAGGUUUGGCCCCAUCCAUGCUCUGGAGCGAGAGAGCCAUCAGGAGCAGGCGGCUGCGACAGCCCUGGGCGGUGCAGGUAGGAUAGGGGGUAUGUUUUAGCACACCCCUGGAAACGUGCAGUUUCUGGAUCUUUUUCGCAUCCCACCCUGCACUGGGCAUAUGGGAUGAUGCUGUCAAGCAGGGCAGAUGGAGGUCAUGGGGUGGCACAGGUGGCAGGAUAUAAGAGGGUGUGUUGUAGGAUGAAGGGUAAUGGCUGUAUGUGUGUGUGUGUAUAGGUGGGGGGGGCAGAUCGGGCACUGGGGGGCACAGAGCAAUAGGAAGGGCCACCAAGGGCGACCAUGUGUCUGAGAACCACAGUCUGGGCUUCUAAGAGAUAGCAAGGAUAAUCCUGUACUCUGGGACAAAUCUUCCUACUGCCCAGAGAGGUGUGAGGCUCAAACAUCAUGUCUAGUAACUGCGGGAUACCAGCUGGAGGCUCAGCAUCACCAGCAGCCAGGUCCUCUCCCCCCCACAACCUGGCUGAACACUUUUGCUGUGCCCACUGUCACAUCCAUGCAAAGAAAUUGCUAAAACUACCCUCUGUCCCCUCCCUCAUAGGACACCUCUAAGAAUGGUCUAUCCUCAAGCUUACAAUUUUAACAUUGCCUUAGCAUAUUGCUCCGGUGGCAAAAUGUCUCCUAAACCAUUGUCACCAUACUACCAUCUGCCCUGUACCUCCCACAGCACCUCUAUAAAUCUGACUGAGCCCCCCCAGGGGCACAGCACGACUGACCAGGGGUGUGCUGCAGGAGCAGCUCACUUGCAGGCCCCAGCAUGCAGAUGCUCCACAAGUGUCAGGCACAAGCUAACUGAAUGCAUAACUUUAUUAAAUAAAUGCUUUGUCAUGAGAAAAGACAAAGAUCAAAGAGUAACAUAAAUUAUAAGUUGAAUAAAUAGUAUACAGCAAUCUUCACUUUUUAAUAAAAUGUGAGAUUUUUUUUUUAAGUACAAAAUGCUAAACAGAGCAUUAAGCUCUUCUUCCAUUGUCAGUUUUUCACAAACUGCUUUUUUUUUUCCCACCAGUAAGAUUAUGAGUAUUUCUUGUUUACUGGAAAAAAAAAAA